AUAAUUUCUAACUUUUUUUUCCAUCUUGUUUUCCGGGAAAUAAAGUGAAACUGUGAAGCUGCAGCUGGUUCAAGAUUAAACUGUCCUGCUUUACUUCUCAUCGCUUCAACCCUGGAGGCUGCCAGGAUGUCAGCUGUUAAGAUGACAGAGGGCAGUGUGCAGAUGGAGUUCUGCAAAGCACCGCUGUUCUACAGACAGAGUGAACCUGCCGCAGGGGAAGUGAGGAUGUCAGUUUUACUCCUUCACGGCAUCCGUUUCUCAUCCGAAAACUGGCUCAACAUCGGCACUCUGGAGACUCUGGCCAAAGCAGGCUGCCGUGCGGUCGCCAUCGACCUGCCAGGUUUCGGCAGGUCUAAGUCAGCCGAGGCUCCGACGGCCGUUGGAGAACUUGCCCCUGCAGGUUUCCUGAAAGAGGUGUGUGAGCAGCUGAGCCUGAGCCCGGUGGUGGUGAUCAGCCCGUCGCUCAGCGGGAUGUACUCCCUCCCAUUCCUCCUCCAGCACCAGGCUCUGAUACGAGCCUACGUCCCUGUAGCUCCUAUCUGCACUGACAAAUUCACAGCAGAGCAGUACCAGAGUGUAAAGGUCCCAACGCUGAUCGUUUAUGGAGACCAGGACGCUCAGCUUGGAGAACUGUCGCUGAGCAACCUGAGCAAUCUGGCCAAUCACAGCGUGGUGGUGAUGAAGGGAGCGGGACACCCCUGUUACCUGGACGACCCCGACACUUGGCACAAAGCUCUCACUGACUUCCUAAAUACGCUGUGAAGCUCCUCGCUGUAGAUCGAUGGGAGGGAUUCUCAACAACAGUCACACCUUCAUCUGUACAAAAGAAUGGAGCGACAUGGACCAGUGCCCAGAAAAGAAGGAGCUAAAUCUUUCACACACACAAACAUUCAAACUCACACGUACAAGAAAUAAAAACUAAAAAUUCAAAACAUUUUGACUUCAGAUCUCAAACUUAUCAACAGUGCUGAAUUCCUAUAUUUUUUAUAACUUCACUUAAAAUUUGACUGAUUAAACUUUUUUUUUUACUCUAAA